UUCACUCGCUCGGCCACGUAAGUCAGGGUCGAAAUUUCCUUCGUAUUACAGAUUUAUCGCUUUAUUUUUACGUGCUGUGGUAAUAUGUGAGAAUGGUAUAGCAGCAGAAAAAGUGUAACAAGUUUUUGUGUUUUUUCACCUCAUCCCGUCAGUGAUCAACAAACCAUGUCUAACAUACCGACGUCUUACAAUAGUAAUUCGGGACCACAAAAUACAAAUUUAGGACCCUACCAAUUCAAUCAAAUACCUUCUGGCCAAUUGCCUGGAUCAUUGAAGCAGGAUGCUAACUCAAAUAAUCCAGUACCCCAACCUGGGUUCAACAAUCAACCUAAUAAUUACAAUCAGAGUGCAAAUAGCUCGCCAGCCUUCAAUCAUUCGAUGAUGAUGCCUCCAUCCCAGCCUAGUAUGCAAUCUUCGCCUAUAAGACCCCCUAUGAAACCAAUAAGUAAUCAAAAUCCGAUUCAAAAUAUGCAGAAUAUCCCAUCAAGUUCUGCUAGUCCCUACCCAAUGUAUACCACUUCACCAUAUCCUCCUAACCAGCAACCACGUCAAAUAAAUGACAAUGCUCCACCUCUAAUAGCAUCUAGUCAAUAUCAACCUGUUAUGAAUGGCCCACUACCAACCUCUAAGCCGCCAAUUAAUCAAUAUCCACCAUCCAGUGCAUUUGGAACUCUACCUCCGAAUAUGCUACCACCAGUGAACCCAAACAACCAAAGACCACCUUUUCCAUUGACUUCUAUGUCACCUGCACCUUUAACAAGUCAAACUAAUGUUCCAUUCAGUAGCUCUGCAGCGGGGCCUCCUAGAAACAGUCCGUUAAUACCUCCCAUGAAUGCACCCAUGACUGGACCGAAUAUGGUUGGCCCGCCCUUAGGGCCGCCUAGGAGUAAUGCAGUUAAUGGACCACCUAUGCCUGGUCCGCCUGCAACUGCAAUGCCUGGUCAAGAGCAACCUAAAAAUCAAAUGAGUGGGCCAUCUUCAUUGCCUAUGAUGCCUAUGGCACAACAAAUACGACCACCUGCGAGCCAGCCUAUGCCACCACCACCUGCUAUGGGAUAUACAGCACCACCACCACCAGUCAAUAAUAUGAGCGGGCCACAGAGUUUACCACCUGGUCCUUUGCCUCCAAUGGCACAGACAAUGCCUGGCCCGCCAGGUGCUAGGAGUAAUAUGCAAAACAGAUAUCCACAAAUGCCACCUAGUAAUUUCCAGCAGCAAAGCAUGGCACAAGGAAUGCCACAACCAGGAAUGCCACCUCAGGGAAUGCCACCUCAAGGUCCUCAGAUGCAAGCACAGAAUAGAAUGCCUGGUUUGACACAGCAAAUGGGUCAGUUGAGUGUGACUCAGCAAGGUUUCGAUCAGUUGUGGGGUCAUCAAAUGGUUGAUCUGAUGCAAUGUAAACAUAUUCUGUCUGAAUACCCAGAGGACCCACCAGAAAUUAGACUGGGACCUCAGUUUGCUGAUGCUCCGAAUUGUAGUCCUGAAAUAUUCCGGUGUACCAUAAAUCGAAUACCAGAGAACAAUUCACUUCUACAAAAAUCGAGAUUACCUUUAGGAAUUUUAAUACAUCCUUUCAAGGAUUUGAAUCAUCUGCCCGUGAUCCAAUGUACAACGAUAGUGCGGUGCCGUGCGUGCCGUACGUACAUUAACCCGUUCGUGUACUUUGUGGACGCGAAGAGGUGGAAAUGUAACCUUUGCUAUAGGGUUAAUGAUUUGCCCGAAGAGUUCCAAUACGACCCGGUGAGCAAGUCAUACGGCGACCCGACCCGUCGGCCGGAAAUCAAAUCCGCGACCAUCGAGUUCAUAGCGCCCAGCGAGUACAUGCUGCGGCCGCCGCAACCGGCCGUGUAUCUGUUCCUGUUCGACGUGUCGCAGAUCGCGAGGGAGUCGGGGUACUUACGUAUCGUGUGCGACGUACUAAAAUCGAAUUUAGAGCAAUUGCCCGGCGAUGCGCGCACGCAGAUCGGUUUCAUUUGCUAUGACGCGCACAUACACUACUAUCUGAUGAGCGACGGGCUCACCAAGCCGAAAGAAAUGACGGUGUUGGACAUUGACGAGGUAUUCCUGCCGUCCCCCGAGGCGCUGCUGGUGAACCUGGGCGAGCACCGCGAGAUGGUGCGCGAGCUGCUCACGUUGCUGCCCGACCGGUUCUCUGCGCCCGGAGCCCCGGCCUCCGCGCUCGGAGCCGCGCUACAGGCGGCUUAUAAGCUCAUGGCUCCUACGGGUGGCAGAAUAACAGUAUUCCAGACAUGUCUACCAAAUAUUGGACCAGGAGCUCUCCAAUCUAGAGAGGACCCGAACGCGCGUUCGUCCAAAGACGUUCAGCACUUAAGCCCAGCGACGGACUUCUACAAGCGGCUUGCUCUUGAUUGUAGCGGCGCGCAAGUGGCCGUUGAUUUGUUCCUGCUUAGUUCCCAGUACUGCGAUCUAGCUACCUUGAGUGGCAUGAGCAAAUUUAGCGGGGGCACGGUGUACCACAUGCCUGUGUUCCUGGGCGCUCGAGCUUGGCAAGCGGCUAAGCUUACCAACAUGUUCACAAGAUAUCUGACAAGGAAGAUCGGCUUUGAAGCGGUUAUGCGUGUGCGGUGUACUAGAGGCAUAUCGAUCCACACGUUCCACGGCAACUUCUUCGUGCGGUCCACGGACCUGCUAUCUCUACCGAACGUAUCGCCAGACGCAGGCUUCGGUAUGCAGCUGGCGAUCGACGAAUCGCUCGGAGACUUGCAGCACGCGUGCUUCCAGGCGGCUCUGCUCUAUACUAGUAGUAAGGGCGAGCGGAGGAUACGCGUGCACACGAUGGCGAUCCCGAUAGCGAGCACGCUGCCCGACGUGCUGCACGCCGCCGACCAGCAAGCUAUCAUCGGCCUGCUUAGCAAAAUGGCGGUGGACCGCUGCGUGUCGGCGUCGAUGUCGGAGGCGCGCGAGGCGCUGAUGACGGUGGCGGUGGACGUGCUGUGCGCGGCGCGGCUGGCGCACUCGCUGCCCGCCGGCGCCGCCUCGCCCGCGCUGCACGCGCCGCGCGCGCUGCGCCUGCUGCCGCUCUACCUGCUCGCGCUGCUCAAGACGAAAGCGCUCCGCACCGGCACGUCGACCCGGCUCGACGAGCGCGUGGCGGCCAUGUGCGAGCUCAAGUGCCUGCCGCUGGCGCAGCUGCUGCGGCUCGUGUACCCCGAGCUGUACGCCGUGCACGAGCUCGCGCACCACGCGCUGCGCGACGAGUCCGAGCCCGAGCCCACGCCCACGCCCGACCCGCCGCGCUUGCAGCUCACGUCCGAGAGGAUCAACCUAAACGGCGCCUAUCUCCUAGACGACGGAGAAACAAUGAUAAUAUAUAUUUGCAACGCGGUUAGCCCCGCUUUCCUCUCAGAGGUAUUUGGUGUCACGGCAUUUUCACAACUACCCGACGAAGCGACAAGCUUACCCAAAUUAGAAAAUGAGGGUAAUGCGUUGUUACACGCGUUUAUAGAGAAGCUUAACGACGAUCGCCCGUACCCGUCGAAUAUUGUUAUACUCAGGGAUAACUCGCCAACAAGAACACGAUUCACGGAACGUCUCGUAGAAGACAGAGUGGAGUCUGCGUUCUCAUACUACGAGUUCUUACAACACAUCAAGACGCAAGUGAAAUAAUAUAGUGUACAGUGAACAAUUGUGUGUAUGGACUUAGUGAAAUGUGUUGUGAUUUGGUGGCAUCAAGAUUUUAUUAUAUGUAGAGAUGGUGAGUUUUGUCGCUACAAAUUAGAGUCAGUGCAGGCGUAAGGGCCACUGACACCCCGGGCGAAAAUAUUGUGGCGCCUACUUGAGGGAAGCAAUAUCAAGUGUUAGGUUAACCAACUUCAGAUCUUGCGCCCCCCAGAAUUUGUCGCCCUGGGCCAUUGCCCCCUCUAGCCCCCCCCCCCCCCCUAACGCUGGCCCUGAUUAGAGUUAAUGCUCUAGUUAUGAAAAAAAAAAAAACAAACUGCCCAUUGUUGCUGUUUAACCUUGUUUUAUAAACUAUUGUGUGGAAAUUUUCUAUAUUUGAUCUGCUGUUAAAAGUCGAAAAUGUGUAAUAGAUUAGAAUAUAUUAAUUCACGACAUCUUUCACAUUUGUAUACAUUUUUAACCUUCAGUAUAUCAAUGGUCGAGCGAGAUUUACUUUUUAGACAAUAAAUGUAAAAAAAAUUGAAUUGUUUAGAAAGAAAAUAAAAACUCAGGAGCAAUAAUUAUACACUAGAUAAUUAUAAUACAACAAUAACACCACAGCUUGAUAGUCACUAUAAUAUUGAUGUAGUUAAAAAUUGGAUCUUUACUUUAUUGGUCUUUAAUGUGAUUUAACAUAUUUUUGGUUUUCUCAACCAACGAUCACACAAAUUUAUUAAAAAAAAUAAUUUAAAUUUAAAACCUAGUUUUUAUGAAAGAAAAUUCCAAAAAAUAAAGUAUAAGUUUGUUAUAAGAACUCUAUUUAUACUAAAAACUUGAUGUGUUCUAGCCAAGAUUAACUGAUUCCGAGUUGACAGAGUUAACUAUAUUAUAUAAACAUAAAGACUCCUUAGUUUGUAAACUACCCUUUAUACAUUAAUUGAAAAAGGGAAUAGACUGAGUAUUAGAUAGGUACCUAUCGAAUUUUAGCGGCUGUAUUUAUUUAGCAAUAGAAAUGUUAUUUAGAUUAAAUACAAGACAAAUUUUAUAUUCGGGACUUUUUAGUUUUAAAGUUACUUACUGUUUUGUAUCAGUCUUUGUUAUAUAAAUUUAAUAGUGAAAUACUUAAAACACAUAAAAUUCUCUAAAAAAUAUAAAUGAUUGUUUAGUAGCCAGCUUUUCACAUGGAGAUGUGCUUAGGAAUAUUAUUAUUCUAUUUACGCGGGAAUUUUUUAUUAAUAUGUACUUUCCUUUAAGAGCUAGCGCGCAAGAGCAACUUUUGUCUCCGCAACCAUUUUGUCCACUCCCAUCAACUCUAUGGGCUUUACUAGCCCGCUAGCUCUAAAUGUCAUAAUUCCUCUAUUAAUGUAAUAAUUUAUAAUUGUACUGUGGUCACUCAAUUUUGAGUAAGCAACUCGGUCUAUUCUCUUAUAUUGUAAAAUAUUUGUAUGUAUUUGGUUGGUUUAUUAUACAAAAAUGUUCUUAACUAUUCAAAAGUUAUCAUUUGAUCGCAGCUCAUGUAAAUUUCAAGGUGAUGUAUGUGUUUUUGGUGAUUUGUUACUAUUUAUUUAUUUUUAAUUGGUACUUUCAAAAAUCGAAUGAAUAUUUGCUAGGAUUGUCUAUGUAUGCGAUGUUUUCAAACCACAGAUAAUCUAUGAGUUCUUUCCAAUAUAGUUGUUUAAAUGGUAAUUUUAACGGAGUAUUCCUUGUAAAUUUAUUAUCAUGUUACAGUUUAGGUAAUUGUUAAUUAGGGGGUCUCUCAACCUGAAUCUGUAGUAGUUAAUUCAUAUUUAAGUAUGUUGUAAUCAUGUAAAUUGGCUGUAUUAGAAUUGUCAAGUACAGUAUUGGUCGACAGACACCCUAAUGCACUGUUCGUAUAUUAUAAUACUUAUGAGUAUGGAUAUUUUAUCUUAGAGGUGGAAUAUAUUGUACAGAUUUAAUGCCCUACCUAAUAAAUGGUCUAUUUAUAUA